GCGGGGCCUCGCCGGGCCGCCCCAGUCCGCCGUCCGAGAAGUGGGUCAGGGGAGACUCGGCUCCCGGCACGGGGUGGGCGCCCAGUCGAACCGUCUGAGACCCGGAGGGACUGGCUGUCCGCUCUGCCCCAGCUGCCCGGGGGGCGCCCCUCUCCGCACUGAGGUCAGCUGCCCGGCCCAGGCCCCGUUCCCAGAUCUCCUUGCCCAGAGCUGCUAUGCCUGGAGGAAGCGGGUGCCCACCCCUCCUGUCCUGAGCCUACUCUUCACUGCCCUCGCUCCCACCAUGGCGCCCCUGCUGGCCCUGUGCCUGGUGGCGCUCAUCAGCCUGCCUCUGGCCACGGCUCUGGACUGCCACAUCUGCACCUACAACGGGGAGAACUGCUUCAACCCCAUGCGCUGCCCGUCCAUGGUCUCCUACUGCAUGACCACGCGCACCUACUACACCCCCACCCGCAUGAAGGUGAGCAAGUCGUGCGUGCCCAAGUGCUUCGAGACGGUGUACGAUGGCUACUCCAAGCAUGCCACCACCACAGUCUGCUGCCAGUAUGACCUCUGCAACACCGCCAGCCUCGCCGUCCCCGCCGCCCUGGCCCUCCUCCUUCCGGCUGCCCUCUGGGCUCUGCUCUGAGUCCCCUGCUGCCUGCCGGCCCCUUGGCCACACCCAGGACUGCCCUCCCCUCACCGGACCUGCCCUCCUGAGAAACAGGGUCCCCGUGAGAGGGGACUGGCUCUGUGGACGUGCUAGUGGUGGGGCUGCCUUGAGCACCGGCCCUUAGCAAGAGCUGCAGGCAUGGAGGGCUUAGCCAGGGCCCGCUGCCCUGCCCUGGGCUGGAGGACCCACAGGACCCAGUGGCCAGAUCUGUGCCCUGGCUUUUCCCUUCCUGCUGGCCAAAUCCCUGACCUCCCUGGCCCUGUCCAGCUGGCUGUGGGCUGAGCUGGUUUCUAUAUUGGGCAGGUCACUCCUGGGCUGUCUGGGCGGGAGAGGCGGGAGGGGGCAAUGGGCCCACAGAGCGGCCAGGCCCUGGGGAGAGGGUGCCCCCUUGUGGACAUCCUGGGAGAGCCGGAAUGCGGGAGUAGAGGGAGGGAUCAGCCUCAGGCUUGGGUGGGGACGCCUGUGGGGGAUGGGGCGGUUUCCCAGAGCCCCCUGACUCAGGGAGUGGCCUCCAACACCCCAGCCCUGCUGGGAGCUGGAUCCCCGAGCCCAUCCACAGUGACCCCACCUGUGUAAGAGGUGGGGCCUGCCCAGGGCUCAGACCUCCUCCUCCAGGAAGCCACACAGGCUUUCUUUGUUUCUUGGUGCCCAGUACCAUGGCCCAGCGGACAGGAGGGUGGCUGGGCCCAGUGCUCUGCUACAGCCAGGAUCUCCCCACCUGGACUCACCCCACAGGGGCUGUGCCCAGGAGCGGCCUGCGAGGACUUGCUCGGCUGCUUCCCGAGGUGCAGCCCGGUGAGCCCCUUACUGCCCCCCCCCCCACACACACACACACAGAGCUGGACCCAGCACCCACCCGGGGCCACCAAAAGUGAGACCUCCACAUCUGCCUGUCCAUCUGCCUGUCUUUCCUCUUGGUCCGGGCCCCAGCUCCAGGCCCAGAGUGCCCAGCGGGCUGGGGCGGGCUGUCCCUGCUGUGGGGGCCUCUGAACUUGGGGGUGGAGGCACAUAUGUCAGGCCUGCACAUAGCAGGACAGGCCCGGCCCAGACACCCUCCGUAAGGUCUCUGCCCCCAGCGCUGCCUGCCCCUCCGCUGGUCUGCGGCAGAAACCGGAGCCCCUGGUGUGGGCACCCUGCCGUGUGGCAGAUAGAUGGCCCCUAGGCGGACCUCAAGUCUGGAACCGCCUGAGCCCCAACUACACCCCAGACCCUAGAGACAGAGAUGCUGACAUAGCCGAACCUGAGGGGCCAAGUCAGAGUUACUGGCCCUUCCUGCCUGCUCCCGAGCUGGGCCUUCCCGGCCAGAGUGCAGUGGUUCAUGCUGUGCCCAAGAAUAAACAGGUGGACCUGUG